UAUUAGUAAUGUUUAGUGGAAAGCAGAAGUCAAAAAGGGACAGUUUGGCUUGUUUAGCAUUGCUGGACGAUGGAUUCCACAACCACAACACCUAAACUCUAUCAUGUACAUGGGAUGGAUUCCAGAAGUCAUCUUGAUAUGUAUUUCUCUAAUAAGGAGGACAUGGUCUUUGCAGAGGAUUCUAUAAAAUUUCCAAUGGCGAAUCUUUACUAUCAGCUCAGCACCGGUCGACUUGAGGGUACAUUUUUGAUUGACAUCAGCUUUGGUUCUAUCAUUCACCAACUCUUUUCUGCCUCCAAUACCUUCAAAUAUAUAGUCAUAUUAAAAUUUCAAGAGAGAUGUAUCAUGGAACUGACCAGAUGGCUACAUGACCGUACCGGAGCAUAUGAUUGGUCGCAUACAUCAUCAGCCGCAGCUGAGUUCGAAGGAACGAGCGAUCAGGAGAAAGAAAUGCACCUAAAAUCAUCCAUCAAACAAAUUUUGAAAUGUGAUUUUAAACAGGAAAACAUAACUUCCCCGGUGUUAUUACCACUUGCUGAUUGCAUUGUCAGUGCGUGGAUACUGGAAGCUAUCAGUAAAAAUGAAGACGACUACAUGAGGAAUCUGGAAAAGAUCUUAAAACUGUUAAAACCCGGAGGCCAGCUGGUACUCAUUGGGAUGUUAGAUGCAACCUAUGGGAUUGUUGGAGAGGAACGGAUCAAUUUUUUUAAAUAUAAUGAGGACUUUGUGAAAAACGCCUUUGGUAAGGUGGGUUUAGUAAUUGAUUACUGUGCAGUGCAGAGGAGACGCAAUGUCAGCGAUCUCGUUGAUUAUAGCGCUAUUAUAUUCCUUGUAGGACGCAAAGGAGAGUAGAUGAUUGGAGCCAAUAGCAUUCAUCUCAGUGUCUAAAUGUUACAAACAAUCUACAGGCAACAAAUAAAAUUAUGCAUUGACUUACCAAUGGCAGUCAGUAAUCACAGCAGGUAUGCUAAAGUCAGCAAUGUUAGUUUGCUUUAUUUUUUGUUAAGUUGUGUUAACAAAUGUCGCUAUCUUAAUAAAGAUUAUUCAGAAUA